ACUCACAAACCUUCGCCUCAUAAUAUGAGUGAUUUGUUUUCAGUCUCUGUCACAGGAUGUCGUGAGUUUGGAGAUAUUCACACUCUUGACAAUGAUCGUGAGUCCUAUGAUCAGCAGCUUCGUGUGUUACUACAGCGAGUUGCUUAUACAACAGAGCGAGCGGUUCCGGCUAGCGACAUACAGUUGCGGCUGGGAGCGGUCGAGUGACCGGCGCGCGCGCACCUCCAUCGCCCUCAUCCUACAGCGAGCGUUACGUCCUGCUGCCAUACAAUCCGUGUUCAGUACUGUCUGUCUGGUCGCUCUGUCUGAAGUAAAUACUUUUUUGGUUAUAAUAUAUAUGUCCCUUAUAGAAAUGCAGUAUAUUUUUUCAAUAAAUUCUCCCUAAACCACCCUUCCUCUUCUAACAACAUCAAUGUGUCUUAGCAAAAUACUUGAAAUUGUUUUUGUUUUGUUUUGAUGCUCUAUCUGAACUGCAGUCCGCCAAUAUUUUAGUAGAUUUUCAGGUUUUCAUUAAAACAUGUUUUCUUUUGUUUCAGUCAUUUCAACAAUCCUACACCUUGUUUAAUCUCAUGAAUGUGAUGUGGGACUAAAAUGUUUGCCGGAUUCAA